UGGCUACUGUAUCCGUCACUCAGUGGAUUCAUGCGCAGUGCUGAAGGGAGGAGUAAACAGCAGUGAGUCACAGCUAACAGGCUAGUGUUCGCUAUAGAUAAUGGAUAUGAGUACCAGCGAGUGCUUUGGAUGCGGCCGCUCCGGACACUGGAUCAAGAAUUGUCCUAAUGCCAGUCGAGGACGGGGCCGAGGCCGGGGACGAGGAAAGGAUCUGUUCUGUUACAGGUGUGGAGAACAGGGCCACAUCGCAAGAGAUUGCGAACAGACUGAGGAUGCAUGCUACAAUUGCCACCGGAGUGGCCAUAUUUCCAGAGACUGUAAAGAACCCAAAAAGGAGAGAGAGCAGUGUUGCUAUAACUGCGGGAAAGCCGGUCACGUGGCCCGUGACUGUGACCACGCCAACGAGCAGAAGUGCUACUCCUGCGGAGGGUUCGGACACAUCCAGAAACUGUGUGACAAGGUCAAAUGUUACCGGUGUGGCGAGAUCGGUCAUGUGGCUGUGCAGUGCAGCAAGGCGACUGAGGUGAACUGCUACAACUGCGGCAAGACCGGUCACCUGGCCAGAGAAUGCACCAUUGAAGCGUCUGCGUAACUCCUUUCCUCUGUCACCCCUCCUUUCCUGAUUGAUGGUUGUUUCUCUUCUCUGAAUCCUCUUCAUUGGCCAAAGGCUGGCAAGCAGAGGCCUUUCCCAGGCCAGUGAGCAGCUUUGAGUUUUGUUUUUCCUUUGUUACGAAGAAAAGGGGUGAAAAAAAAAAAAAAACAUAUUGCGUUUAAAUUGAAAUGUUUAUUUAGGUAGAGGUGAAAUUAUGACGCUUUGUUAAGGGACCCCUUUCCUCGCCACUGGUGAAAAGAUCCAUUACUGGGACAUCCGGCGCCACAGGCAACCUCUGGGUUCAUGGAAGUGAACCAUAUCUCAAAUGUAAGAGAGAAGUCAGACGAAGGCUCAAUUCUGGUGUUUCGUUUUCUUUUGUUUAGUGGUUAUAUGGAGAAAAGUGAAAGCAGACUUAAGAAAGGCCAUUUUCAUCACAGGAAGUCCAUUAUGAUCUGGUGCCCACUUGCAAAGUGUGUGUGUCUCCUAAGGAAAUAUGUUAUAAUGGUAUAUUUCAAUUAAUUUGACUUUCAGAAAUCAUUUUGGUUUUUUUUUUUUUUUUUUUAUUUUGCCUUUUUUUUUUAUUUUAGAUUUUUUUUUUUUUUUCUAAAGUCAUGUUUGCAGGUUCAGCAAACUGCUUGUUAAUGCUGAACAUUACACAGUAAUUUUAGUCCUUUCUACCUUUAAAUUAUCCAGUACAAUAGAGACGUGAAAUUAGCAACAAUUUGCAAAAAAAAAAAAAAGAAUGUUUUCACAGAAAUCAGAUAUUUUUGUACAAUAUCACUUGGACUACUGUAAGAAUAUCAUUGCUUGUACUCAGUUUUUAAGUCAGAAGGAAAUUGCAACUUAAGUCCUAGAACAUAGAUAUGUAAUUUUAAGCUGUCAAUAAAGUUGGAGGAGGAUGAGGA